UGGAACUCAGCAGUAAUCAAAUGAUCACAUAAACUCCUGCUGCUUACUGCCAGAAAUUCACGCAAUUAUCUUCCUUUCUCAUGUACCCGGACUCAUGGUCGACAUACCUCAUAAGCCAUAAUGUCAUCGAGAACGAGGAUCAGCUGGGUAGACGUCGGCUUCUAAUGGAUAUGGUACGACUCCUCGUACCUGGGCUAGUCAACCAAAUCAAGAAAGAGUACAAUUUGCAAAAGAGCACGAUUCAAUGUCAGUUUAUUCCUUUUGGUUCGUACGGUUUGGGCGCGCAUCUCGCUUCUGGUGACAUUGAUGUUGCAUUCUUGGGUCCGUCAACAGUUCGAAGACGCGACUUUUUUCGAAUCUUUGAGGAGCUUUUAAAGAAGCAGGCGACUGUACGAGAUGUUCUUAUAAUUGAUCAAGCGCGUGUACCUAUUAUCAAAUGUACAAUUGACCGAAUACCGGUGGACAUUUGCUUUGUCCGCUUGAAGAUGGAAACGGUUCCGGCAGAUAUCGAUAUUUUGGACAAUAAAAUUCUCACUGGUCUAGAUGAACCGUGCAUGGGAUCUUUGGCAGGCCCUCGUACAUUGAAAUUUAUACUCAAACGAAUCGACAAGGCACAUUUACAAUCAUUUCGAACGGCAGCACAAAGUAUUAAAUGGUGGUCUGUUCAGCGUCAUUUGUACGAUAAACAGCUCGGAUAUCUCAACAGCGGUGCAUUGGUACUACUCUUACUCAAGACAUACAUUAUCGAGCGAACGUCUGGGCGCUCCAUCAAUGUUUAUAGCCUUGUUUCAGCAUUCUUCGCACAAUGGUCCACGUGGCCCUGGCCUGCUCCUGUCAUGUUGACAGAUUAUAUUCCCAACCAUGAUGGCAGCCCAAUCGAUUAUCAAUCACUGGUAGAGUUUGAGAAUGCAUACAUGCCCAUCGUUACACCAUGCUACAGGGUCACCAAUGCUGCCCCUGACGUUACCAAGUCCACCUUACGCGUUUUGCGCCGAGAGUUUACGAGAGGAUACAACAUCACCAGGGCAACCUUUGCUAGUGAAGAAGCAAUGAUUAGAAAGCUUCUCAAACCAUUUGACUUGGUCAAAAACUACACUCAUUUUCUGAAGGUCAUGUUUUCAGCCGAUACGGUCGCUACGCAUGAAGCAUGGUUGCGCAAAAUUCCGGAUAUCUUCCCAAGACUAGUGGAGUUUCUUGAAGAAGUACCACAAUUUCGAGAGCUACAACCAUACACCAAAUCGUAUGUGAAAACGAUUGGCUAUCGGAAUCGGUUGCAAAAGACUGCAGUGCAACUCGGCGAGUUUGUCGAGAAGACAGAGAAAGAUCGAAAAAAGACCUCGCCCCUGGAUCCAGGAUCUUUACAUCGGAUAUCUUAUAUCAUCGGUGUGGAUGUUACUCCUGGUGACCCAGAUGAUAUAGUAAAUAAUACUAUUGAUAUAUCCCGGCAAAUCGCACUGUUUCGAAAUGUAGUUGACUCAAAACGCAACUCCAAGGAACGUGAUCUUGUCGUUAAUGUUGUUGCUACGAAAAGGAAGGAAAUUGCUCGAUUCAUCAAAGAGCAUUCCAUGUAAUAUUCUCCAUCAAAUUCGAUACCUGUAUCAUAAAACUUUUCCAUUAUUUUAGCAAACAAUUAUUGGGCUCACACAAGUGAAAUCAACAAUGUAAAAAACACACACAAAAAAGGAAUAAAAGAGA